AUGACCUCUAUCGGUUCCUUGGUCUUUUGCAAGGACUGCGGCAACCUUCUGCCUGCCUCCAGAGGCAAUGCGAAGAACAUCUUGAAGUGCGAGUGCUGCGAUGCUGAGAACCGAGACUCGCAUUUUGGAACUAUCAUCACGAAGAGCAAGCCCACCGACUUUCCUUCCCUACUCCGCGAAAAGCUAUCUACCACGCAGACUGUUGAGCGAUACAAGGUCCAGACUGAGGCCUUGAUCCAAGAGACCUGCGAGAAGUGUGGUCGGAAAGAAGUCAGAUUCACCAGCGUGCAACUACGUAGUGCCGAUGAGGGCGCAACUAACUUCUACACAUGCGAGUGUGGUCACAAAUGGAGUCAAAACAACUGA